ACCUUUUAGUGGAACCCCUCCUACUCUUACUAUCCCUGCCCAACUCAAAUAAGUCAAGUAAAAAUAAUAGGAGGAAGUAUAUAUUAUAGCAUAGCCGUGAUGUGUUUCACCCAAUAGCUUCUCUAAAAAAGGGCCCUCAUCUCCUACGUGGACAAUGAGAACGGGCCCCACUAAGUAUGAUUUUCUACAAGUCAAACGAAGGCUCAUUUCCAUCCCAUCGUAAAAAUUCAUCUUACCCGUCAAUUUCGUCGUCACUCGUCAAUUUUCAGGGUGUUAGCAGAAAAUGGAUUGGCAAGGGCAGAAAAUGGCGGAACUAUGGAUGCAAAUUCUGCUACUAGUAUCUGCAGUUAUUGCAUUUGCAACAGGUUAUACUUUAGGUUCUUUUCAAUUGAUGAUUCUCAUCUACGCAGGAGGUGUCGUUUUGACUGCUUUAAUCAUUAUCCCUAAUUGGCCUUGGUUUAAUCGUCAUCCUCUCAAUUGGCUUGAUCCAUCUGAAGCUGAUAAACAUCCUAAACCUCAGAUUUCUGUCACUUCUUCAAGUAAGAAGAAAAAUACCAAGCAAAAGUGAAAAUAAUUUGAAGUCGAAACAGUUCUAGGUCAAAAAGUUUGUGCUGGAAUUAUCGGUUAUGAUGUUGUUACUGUUUGGUUUAUAUGUUUGUUUGUAGACAUGUUGAUCUGAAAGCUAGAAAUGGAUUUUGGUUACAUGAGUUCAAUUAAUGGAAGUUCUUUAUGUUGCUGUUGUUCUUGAUUA